UUUCGAUUCAGGGCAUCUCCUACUAAAAAAGGGCACCCGCAACGACUGCUCAGCGUCCCCGCCUCCUCUCUUCCCCCCCGCGCGCGGCUUUCAGAAGGAUCGCGUGGUUUCAAGACAGAAACCACAACCUUCCCCACGGCAACCUCACACCAGCAUAUACUUAUUCCACUCGGAGACGCGACUUCACGAUGGGGUCGCAGAUUGACUCGCAAGACGAGUUCACGGUGCUCGUCACCGGCUUCGGCCCCUUCAAGGCCCAGUACCCCGUUAACCCCUCCUGGGAGAUCGCCCGCUCCCUGCCGACCUACCUCCCGCCCCUCCGUGCCAAGAACCCGAAAGACCACCCUUCGACCUCGUCCUCGUCGCCCGCCCGACCCCUCCCGCCUGUACGGAUCCUCGUCCACCCGGAGGCCAUCCGCGUCAACUACCAGACCGUCCGCGCCCUCGUCCCGCAGCUCUGGGACCCGGCGACGCACCCGCGCAUCGACGCCGCCGUGCACAUCGGCAUGGCCGGCCCGCGCCUGUUCUACUCGGUCGAGCGCCGUGGCCACCGCGACGGCUACUCGUUCCCGGACGUCGACGGGAACCGGCUCGGCGACGAGGAGCGCCGCCGGGAGGAGGGCGACGGCUGGGUGUGGCAUGGCAUGCCGCCCGAGAUCGAGACGGGGCUGGACCUGGAGGAGGUGCUGGUGCGGUGGAGGGGGCACAGUCCUGAGGGCUCCGACCUGCGGAUAUCGGAAGACGCGGGCCACUACCUGUGCGACUUCAUCUACUUCUCCAGCCUGUCGCUCCUCUGGAAGGCGCAGAAGCACCGCCGGGUGACGUUCCUGCACGUCCCUUCGGACGCGUCGGAGGAGUCCGUCGCCCGCGGCACCGAGCUGACCUUACAGCUGAUCCGGUCCAUCGCGGAGAGCGAGCUGCGCCGGCGGGGCGAGGCGGCGGCGGCAACGGCGGUCCGUGGGGACGAGGUCGUGGCCGCGGACGACAGGAUUGCGGUCGAGCUGCGGGUUUGAAUGUGGGAUUGGGUGGAUCUGACUGAUUCCAGGAUCAUGGAGAAAGACGAGAUGACAAAGAAGGGGGGGGGCAGAGGCUAUACAUGUCUGAGUAUCUGGCAGUUAUGCUGGUGCAAGAGUGGGGGAAGGGCAUCUGGAUGGUAUAUGCAUUACGGAUGUAGCACGGAGUUUUUUGAUCAUUGUAUGUGUUUUACGCCGGUACGAUUGGGUAGCUCAUGAGCCGAGUGAUAACGAAUGGCAUCGGGUGGAGGGCAUGCGUCUGCUGGGUGUUGAAUCUGCAAAAAUCCAAAGUUCGUUCUGUUCAUGGACUGAGUAC